AUGUGCCUUUUGGUUAUCAUCAUUGCUAAAAUUACGGUUGAGGUUGAGGAGAUUGAACAUUGGGGUAUCUUGGAAUUGAUAAUGAAGAUUGAAGAAAGGAUAGUAGAAGGUCAAAAAAUUUGUGCUAUUAGAUUAACUCCAGAGAAAAAUGAUAGGAUAAUGUGGAGUCAUACUAGGAAUGGUAAUUAUUCAAUAAGAUCCGCUUAUAAAGCUUUUACAAAUGAAAGAGCUUCUCAGGAUGAAGCUAUCUUUUGGAUAAAAGUCUGGAAUUUAUACCGUCUUCCGAAGAUAAAAUUAUUUAUGUGGAAAAUUUUUGCUCACAUGUUACCAGUAAAUGUCUUGUUGAAGUUUUAUAAUCCUUAUGCAGAUGAAAUGUGUCCCCUAUUUUCAGUGGAUUCAGAUUGUUCAGAAGAUGUUUUCUUGUAUUGGUUUGAUAAAGAUUUAGGGAUUUCCCCUUUUGCUGUGAACUGGCCAAGUAUUGGUUCUAUAGUAAUGUGGUGCAUAUGGAAGCUGCGAUGUUAUGUUGUUUUUAAAAAAGUAAACAUUGACAUGGUUAAAACUAUUUUGGAAAUAAGAAGAAUGAUUAACACUUAUAUGUUCUCUCCUAUAAUUACUCGGAUUGCUAGAAAAGAGUUUAAGAUUUCCAGUGAAGAUGUGAAUCAUUUUAUUUUUGUUGAUGGUUCUUUUAAAGAUUUUAAUAUGGGAAAGGGUUUCAUUUGGUGUGAUAUUGCAGGAAGGAUAAAAAGUCGUGGUUCAGGCUUUGGGCUGAUUCAAGAUGCGGUUGGUGCUGAAGCAACUGCGCUUUUUUGGGCCAUCUCUUGGGCACAAGAGAAGAAUCUGUCUAAAGUGAUUUUCGUUAGUGACUAUCUCCAGCUAGUAGAUUUUGUUAAUGGGGAUAGUAAUAUUAUCGGAUGGAGAAGUAGUGAUAGUUUGAUAGAUUGUCAGUCUUUGCUUUCUAGUAGUAGUGCUUUCAAAAUUACGUAUAUUAAGCGUGCUAAAAAUCGUUUAGCAGACCUGCUUGCACGUCGGGCUAAAAAGUAUUAUAUUAAAGACUAUUGGGUUCAUUUUCCUUCUUUUCUGGACACUCUAGUUAGGAAGGAACCUCUUGUAGAAGUUUGUAAUUCUAUUCUUUUGUAA